AUGAUAAAUCAAAGUAUAACAGAUGAUGAAGAUGCAAAUGAUAAUGGUAAUGAAGUACUUGAUUUAAGUAUGAAAAAAAGUUUAUCUGUAUUACUUUCACCACCAUCAUCAACAACAUCUUCUUCUUGUUCUUCUUUAUCAUCAGUUAUUUCACCAAAAAAUGGCAAACGAAUGUUAGAUUUAAAUACAUCUAUUUCAUCAUCAUCAUCAUCAUCAAUAACAACAACUAAAGGUCAACAAACAAAUAAACGUCCAUUACGUUUUCAAUGUAAACAUUGUGAUUAUAAAGCACCAUCAACAUCAUUAAUGCAAAAUCAUAUUUAUCGUCAUACAGAUUUAACACCAUAUGCAUGUGCAUAUUGUGGUCAUAAAUCGACAACAAAAUCAACAAUUAUGGUACAUAUUGAACUUUGUCAUCCAAAUAUGGAAGUUAAAAUUAAUGAAAAUCGUGUACGUGAACAAGAUUUUUAUCGUGAUUUAAAUAGUUCUGAUAUAAAUAAAAUUCAAGAACCACAAAUUAAAAAACAACGUCAUUCAAAUCAAUAUGAUAACGAAUCAACACCAAUAAAUGGUGUAGCUAUAUCAUUAAAAACAAUAAUUGAUGAUGGAAAUGAAUUAUCACCUGAAAGUGAUGAUAUAUAUGGAACAGAUAAUUUUGAAUGUAUGCUUUUACCAACAUCAGAUAUUCUUGAUGAUGAUAAUAAUAAUAAUAAUAAUGAACAAUUAACAGAAUCAAAUGUUUUUGGAUCAUCAUCAUCACUUAAAUUAAAAUUUUCACCACUACCACCACCAUCAACUCCUAUCAUUGAUUCUUCAUCAAAAUCUAUUACAAAAGAAUCAGAUUCUGAUGAUGAUUCAGAAUAUCUUCUUGUUUACAAUCGUCCUAAACAGUAUUAUGGUUCACUAUAUGAACCUGAUAAACAGUAUGCAUGUAAAUUAUGUACAUAUACAACAAAUCAUCGACCAAGUAUGGAAGAUCACGUAUUUGUACAUACCAAUGAAAAGCCAUACAAGUGA